CAACACUGUCCACAGCGUUGGAGUGCUUAACUUCAGCUUAUUGCCAUGACAACGCGCCUUUAAAGCGCUCUCUGAUUGGCUGACGGCUCGGGGACGGCACGGUCUGAUUGGCUGACGGCUUAGCCACCUCGCGCAAGUAGGUACAGAGACGCGGGCUCGCAGGAGCACUUUCGCCAGAAACAACGACAACAACAUGGAGCGCAAACGAUUUAAAGAGCGAGGCGGCCUUUUUGGGACAUCUGACGUUUGAUGAAAAUGCCAAAAAGCGACACGUGGCCAGGCGGCACCGCACCGGAAACGUCGGCCGGCAUGGACGGCGCCGGCAGCUGUGACAGCGUUGUCAGCGGACACUCUGGUUUCAGCGAUGACAGUCUGGAGCACUUGUCUGCGGAGGAGAAAGCUUGCCUCAUGUUUUUGGAGGAGACCAUUGAGUCUUUAGACACCCAGGACGACAGCGGACGCUCCGACGACGAACUGGACCUCUUGCCCGACCCUGGCAGCCUGGCCUCCAGACUGGCAGACCUGUCAGCCUCCAUGAGCAAAACCAAGCUCAACGGUCUGCAAAAGCACAACUUCAUGGAGACCGUCAGGGAAAAAGUGGAGAACAAAUCCAUACAGAACUACCUUGUACCGACACCUUUUGUUUUGGCGAGCAGCUCUAAUUGUGCCGAACCAAACGUCAAUGCUGCUAUUCAGCUAAAUAAGAAGAAAUCUCUUUCAUUUAGCGACAACUCCAGCCACAAGCCUGCUGGCGUGCAUGUACCCUUCGAGGUCAAUGUUGUGAUACCUGCUGCAACCAAACCCAAAGACAACUUGGUGAAGACAGGCGAGAGAGGACCUUUAUCCUACGAUGCGCUUGUUUACCUACGGAGGAGCGCCUCCACAAAGAAAACACCUUUGUGUCCCACAGUCGAUCACACCGUAGACUUGGUCAAAUGCGUCACAGAAGGUCCAAACACUGGAAAUGACAGAGCUGUCUCGGAGGCAGACGGGUCUAGGACAGGCCCGCCGCCAGUUGCAGCGAAACCCAAAAGAAUCCCUUCAAAUAUCUCAACGAAGACAGAAAGGGAAGCGGGCCGCCCCGCCUCCAACUCAUCAUACAGUCUCAAGAACACAACAGAUCCCAAAGUGGUGCGCCAGGAAGCUUUGCAGAAGCUGGGCCUCCUCAAAGACCGUCCGUCAGAGACUGCCCAAGUGGCCCGACUGGAGCUCCCCAAGUUUCAUUCGUCCGCGGGCGACGGAUUUUCAAAAAGUCCCGCAGACAUCGGUCCGUCGAGAAGCCCCUCUUUUUGCCACGCUCCGGUGCCCCCUGGACCCAGGAGUAAGGGGCUGCAGAGCACUGCGAGUUUCCACCACCGCUCCGGGUGCGACCGACAGCCCGUGUCGCUCGCUCAACUCAACAGGUUGAAGACGACCGGUCCAGAGCGCCCUGUCAACUGCAAAAAUGAGAUGAACCGUCCUCAACCGCGACUCAAAACAGUCGCCGAGGAGCAGCCGGUCGCCCCCAAAGCCUCAAACUCUGUGGCGUACACGGUGAUGAUGGUGCCUGGAAUGGGCGCCGACAGAAAAGAGGCUCUCAGGAAGUUGGGACUGCUCCGAGACGAGCCGCACGAGUAAAACCGAGCGGAGGACUUCCCGAGUCAACGGGAGCUAAAAGCCUGACGAGGCCACUUGGCACUCGGGUCCGUCCGCUAAGGACGGAGAGAACGAUCAACUUAAAGGAGCGGCUCUCUCCUCGCUACGCAGUUUUUCCAACGGCGUCCUGUUGUGCUGCAGCUCAAAUCCGAUCGAUCGUUUCCCAGUGGAGAACUCCGAGCUCCGCCACGUUUACGGGACCUUUGCAUUGUUGACAAAUUCAGGGUUCACGCCUGUGCCUCAACUUGGACAUUGGCUGAAGUCAAGAAUUUUCUCAAUUCUGAACUUCAUCCUCUUAAGCGGGUUACAUUUGCCAUUUUAACCGAUGUUUUCAAUGUGAGAGACCGCGAAAAUAUUGAACAGGUUUAGCAUUUUUCUAAGCAGAUCGGGCAGGAUAAUCGUUCCGAGACAGUCGGGCCUUUUCUGCCUACGUUUGGCCGAAUUGUCGCUAUGCGUGUACCCUGCUUGCGGAAUGAAAAGUAGUCAUGACUCUUUCGAUGUUGUCUUUUUCACGCAUGCACAAGAAAAAUGAAACGUUUGAGCGCAAAUAAUUGGAGUCGCUGGGGAUUUUGUGAUCGGCAGAGCGGCUACGCGGUUGCGCCGCUCGUCUUACUCUUCCGUUAUCAGAUUAGCUUCGGCUCGGCAUGCGCGUUAACUUUCUCUCUGCUCGCUGCAUCCGCUUUUGGGCGUUUGACUUUUAAUUCCUUCCUCGAGAUGUUACGCAACGCCACCGAAGCCUUCCGCGCUCGCCGUUAUCGCGCGCUGCUCGACAAACGGGGGUGCUAUCAGUGGCUUGUAUUUCUACGCCAAAAGAGGGGUGUCGGGUUCUGAAACUGACACGUCUCACUCGCUGUCCGCCAACUCAUAUUCUCCAGUGGAGGAUGAAAUCAGGCCAAAUUGUGAAAUGUGACACUGAGGCGAAAAAGGGAGCUGCAGAAGGUCGAAAACUGGCCUAUCCAUCCAUUCAUCCGUUUUCUACAGUGCUGGUCCUCAUUCGUGUCGCAGGUAAACCGAUAGACAGCCAAUCACAAAACAUCCAUCCAUCACCGAAUCGAUUUGUCCUCAUUAGGGUUGCGGUUGUCCCAGCUGACUGUUGGCGAGAGAAGUGGGGUACACCCUGGACUGUACAUUGGGUGAAAACAAUUAGCAAACAUUUGUAUUCAUCGGGGGCGGCAGGGGCCCCCAGAUCACCUUCAUCCGGCUCUCGGGGGCACAGACAAAACAAAUUGAGCAUCUCACCAAUCAUCAGCAUACUGUACUC